UUCUGAACAAACAGGGAAAUUCUUACUGAGGAAAACCCAAGUAGACCUGUUUAGAGGAGUCUCGGGCAUCAGUUUCAGGAAAGAGACCAACUGGGAGAUUCUCCAGGAAAGAUGGCCACAGAUGGGACUUUCUCACCUGGUCAGGGAAAACCCUGCAACAGCCCUGGGUCUGAGCCACCACAGUUGGUGACACCCCAAGGAACUCAGCUGGAAAAUAUCGACUGUGAUGCUGAAACUUGGCACCUGAAGUUCAGAAGUUUCACCUGCUCAGAGGGGGUUGACCCCAUUGAGGACCUGCAGAGACUCACCUGGCUGUGCCAGCUGUGGCUGAGGCCUGACCGCCACACCACCGAGCAGAUUCUUGACCAGCUGGUGUUGGAGCAAUUCCUAAUAUCUACCUCCCCACACCUCCAGGCCUUGGUCAAGGAAAAUGGUGUGAGGAGUUGCAGAGACCUGGAGGAUGUGCUGAGAAACAACACGAGACCCAAGAAGUGGUCCAUAGUCACUUUCCAAGGACAGGAAUUUCUGGUGCCCGAGUCAGAUGCUGAGAUGGCCGAUGCUGAAGCCAGUGGCAGGGAUGACGUGGUGGACUUGUCUAGCAAGCACAAAUCCUCCAUGAACCACACACAUGUAGAGGUAAGCCUGGUUUGUUCAGAAUUUUGGGCCUCUGCCAGGGAUGAGGGCACCAUCAUGGGGGCAGGUGAAUAUGAGGCCUUGGUCUGUGAGGAGGAUGAGGAGGAGGCCCAGGAGAAACUGAGUAUUGCUGAUACACGUUGGUACAUCAGGUCAGGAGGAGACAGGGAUGUCCACAUCCCACCCAUUGUGGCUGUGGCAAUGAUUCCACUGGUUACCCAUUGUCAGGGAGAAGACUUACUUCUGCCAGAGACUCUUUCUGGAGAAGGUGACCUGGAGAGUGUGAGACCCAGGCAGACAUUGGAGAAGGAUCUGGAAGAAGACAGGAAAGAGGAAACAGCAAUUAAAUCUCAAGAGCCUCAGCAUCCCCAAGGUCCUGGUGAGUUGAAGACUUGGCCCCAAGGGGGGCAGCACCUCAUCAACCCCUGGGAAAAUCAUUUCCAUUGCCAAAGCUCCCCUGUUAGCCCCUGGCCAGAGGUCCUCCAGGCCACUCUCAGGCUGCUGGGUGUGAUAAUGUUACAGCACUCUACCAAGGGUGAUAAAGUAAGUCUUUGUCUCAAAAACAACAAAGAAACACUGGGUGUGGAACUUGUUUCUCCAACAGAUUCUGUGAGGGCGAACGAUGGGAAGGAGCCCCAACAAGGAACCUGUCUGAAACCUGUGGAUGCCGUCACUCGGCCCCUCAGAGUUUCAGAGAGAGAAGUAUCCCCUCAGAGUGGAAAUGGAGGACAUUCUCUGAGUCUGAGACGUUCCAAAAGAAGAAAGAUGAAUAGCACCUCUACUUUCCAAGAAGGGCCUCAAGGGGAAGUCCCCCAUCUGGAUAGCAGGGAACCCCCAGAACAGGAUGGGUGGGAUUCAGCUCCCUCACCAUGUACUGGGGGGCCCAUUGCUCAUGCUCCUGGUCGAGAAGGCUUUGAAUGUGGGGAGUGUAGUAAGAAAUUUCCUUAUGAGUCUCAGCUCCUCAUCCACCAGAGGACACAUUCGGGAGAGAGGCCUUUCACGUGCUCCUGUGGGAAGGGCUUCCUGCAGCCUUCAGACCUCCGAGUUCACCAGCGAAUUCACACAGGUGAGAAGCCCUACAAGUGUGACAUCUGCGACAAGAGGUUCACCCACCAGUCCACCUUGUAUGGUCAUGAGAGGAUCCACACAAAAGAGAGACCAUACUCUUGUAAAUUCUGCAAGAAAAGUUUCAGCCACAAGGGGAACCUCAACGUUCACCAUCGCAUUCACUUGGGACUGAGACCCUUUGAAUGUUCAGUGUGCAAAGCCACCUUCCGUCAGCUGGGCACUUUCAAACGCCACCUGGCUAUACACUCGAAGACAACCUCCUGCUGAUUCCAUAAUCAUAUCAGGCUUUGGCCUCAAGAACAAGGUGACUGAGGAGUCAUGAGCCAUGUUACAAAAUGACAUGAGACACAUAGAGUACUACUUACAGAUAUCUGGCACACAACAGAGUUCUGUAGAUAUUCAUCAACAGGAUCUCUGAAUAAACACUUAUCUUUCCUUCCCAUGGAUUCUUCUUGUUUCAUUGUGCUUACUGUUUUCUUCCAUAUAAAAUUUUUUUCUGUUGCAGUUUUUCCAAUGAAUGUGACAUCUCAUUAAUUUUCACUAUUUUUGUAACAAACGGAGGCAGCUGAUUUACCUGCUUUUACCCAUUAUCCAUGAUUUCAUUGCAAAGUAGGAUUGUCUAGGUAGAAAGGCCAGAUUAAAUACACAAUGCCUGGAGGCAUCUGAAUUUCAGAUAAAUAAUAAUUUUCUUUAGCAUCAGUGUAUUUUAUAUUAUAUUUCUUCUUUAUCAGAUAUUCUGGUUUCAUUUGGUACCUAUAUUUUUAAAAGUCAAAUCUAUUUUUUGAGCAGUUUUAGCUGCACAGCAAAAUUGAGCAGAAAGUGGAGUCCUAUGCAUCCCUUUUUGAACAGAGGCCUAGCCUCCACUAUCCACAUCCCCACCAGAGGGUGUGCUUGUUAUGGCCAGUGAACCCAUAUGGACACAGCAUCCUCACCAGAUUGCAUAGUAUGUAUCAUGUUUCACUCUUGGUGUUCUUCAUCCUGUGGGUUUGGACAAAUUUAUAAUGAUAGCAUCAUGCAGAAUAUUUUUGCUGCCCUAAAAAUCCUACGUGCUCUGCAGAUUGGUCCCUCCUUUCCCACAUCCUAUAUUUUGGGGGGCCAAAGUUGACAGCCCAUAAACUUCUGCUUUGACUCUUGGACUACAGAGGCUUUGGGCAUGUGGCUGAUUUGCUCAUCUGAAGGAUGUCACAGCUGCAGACCCAGGAGGCCUUAGUACCCAGCUGAGGGCCACAACUUCUACACCCAAGAGGGAGAGAAGCAGUUUACAGCAACAAGGGCCAACUUUGUUUUGCAGGGACAAGACCAUCUCAAGGGGGUGCCUGUUCAGAAGAUCACUCAGCAAUGCCACCCUCAUGAAAGGCUGAGAGGCAGCCUUUGCCUCUCCAAGGCAGUACACAGUGUGGACAGAGCUAGCCAUACUUUCAGCUCUGCUGCACAGCCUCUGUAGCUCUUUGCUGGCUGCCCAAUCAGCUUCUAGAAAUCCAGAGAGUAUUCUCACAGCAAGGUGGGAAGAACCUGGAGAAAGGUUGUGACAGCAUCAGCCUUCAGUGGACCUGAGUUUGUUCCUUUGCAGGAACGGUCAAGCUACACACAUCACACACACCCUCAUACAAGCACUCACACACCUCACACUGACACUCAUGCCCUGCACCCUGACACCCCUCACCGCUCAAACAUCACUCAUCCCCAAUCCUAGCACAGUGUAAGAUGCCCCCCUCGUGCAGAAACCCACCUCCUUCACACGGACACCCUCACCCCCUCACACGGAACACACAUCUCUCACACGGGCACCCUCAGCAUGCACCUCCAAGCACCAUGCACAGCCCUGCUUCCUGCACACCCCACAGCCGGCAGCUUCCACUCAUCUCCACCUCUGCUGCAUACAAGCUGGGCCUGGCGCUCACGG